UAUAUUCAGUUCGCUGUUUGUUUUUAUUGUGGAACCAUAUUAUUAUCUUGGAUGAGACAUAUAAAUAUAAUCAUGUGUGUCUUUUAAUUAAAUGAUCAAUUUUCUGAGCUGGUAUUAUAAUAAGGUGGGCUUUCAAUAGUCACGACUAUUUAGUGUAGUGUAAAACGAAGAAGUCACAACAACAAGAUGGGACGAAGAUCAAUUAAUACCACCAAGAGUGGGAAAUACAUGAACCCCACAGAUCAAGCGAGAAAGGAGGCUAGAAAGCAAGAGUUGAAGAAAAACAAGAAGCAGAGACAGUUGGUUAGGGCUGCUGUCUUAAAAGGCAAAGAUCCACAGCAACUCUUGGAGGAGUUGGAGAAGAUAGAUCAAAUGGAAUUUAAUGUGUCUCAGCCUUCACCACUGAAUGAGAAAGUUUUGAAAGAUAAAAGGAAAAAAUUGAGGGAAACUUUGGAUAGGGUUCUUGGUAUGUAUCACAAAGAUGAUCAAGAGAAAUGGUCGGAAUUGAAGAAGAGGCAGACUGAAUAUGAGCACAAGAGGGUUCAGCUGCUCACCUUCUAUGAAUCUGUCAAGUCUGCACAACAAGUUACAGUUGAUGAGAUUCCUUUGCCACAAAUCCCACAGCAAGCUCCAUCUUCGACGGGGUUGCAGAUCCCCUUACCAACGGAAAUAAAAAAGACGGAACAUACAAUUUACUCGAUUGCAACAGCUUUAAAACUGCAGGCUUUGGGUCAACCUAUGAGAGAUCCUCCAGGAUGUCCGCCCGGACCUCCUCCAGAUAUUAACAGUGACGGUGAACUUGAUGAUUCGGAUGAAGAGAUGGACGAGGCUAUAGUCCAUAGGGAUUCGGAGGAUGAAAUCGAUGAUGUUAUUAAACCGACGUCGGUGCAGCAGAAGAUGGUCGCAAUUUCUGGUCAAAACGUUGACGAUUUCAUGAAGGAGAUGGAAGAGGUUACGCAGAAGAAACCGGAGGAGGAUCGUCCUAAACCCAUAAUCGAAUCGCCAGCUCCUCCGGGAACGAGCGACCCAAUGCCAAUGAAACCACCGAUGAAUCCUCCAGGACCACCACCAGGUCUCUUCCCCAAUGUGGGAAUGAGGGUGCCACCGGGCCCACCUCCUGGUCGUCCUCUACUACCUCCAGGACCUCCUCCUGGCCUUCCACCUCGUCUACCGCAACUCAGGAUGGGUGGACCGCCUCGCCUUCUGCGAUUACCUGGUCCACCUCCCAGUAUGCCGCCACCUUCACAAGGCCUCGGAAUACCUAAUCCCAAUGUGCUAUCUGCUGCUCCUCAGCUGAUACAAAGAGAGCACGGAGCGGCCAAACAGAGUGCAACGAUAUCUGCGAAACCGCAGAUCAGGAAUUUAAGCGCGGACGUUACCCGCUUCGUGCCAUCAACAUUGCGCGUAAAACGCGAAGACAAGAAACCUAAAAGCUCUAGGGCUUUGGUACAUGAACUCAAACAGAAAGAGAUACUUAUGACGCAAAACCAACACUACGGUAAACCGACGAAAGACGAUGCUUACAUGCAGUUCAUGAAAGAGAUGCAGCAGUUGAUGUAAUAUAUAUAAAAUAAAACGUUUUGGUUUU